CCCCUUCAUCCUUGCAGAAAUAAAGCAUAUCUUGCUUAUUUAGGAGAUCGGUUUCCACACACACGUCAUCUUUGAGUUUGUGUCAAGUGCAUAUUGUGGUUCUCGCUACUCAUGCGGUACACGCUAUAAAAGGUUUAUUUUCCGUGUUAAUCAGAGUUUGAUAAGAGUCACGACACAAGACAAGCAAAAGGAUUCUGCGGCUCUCGGUUUCUGCGACGACUGGACAACCAUAGACAGGGAGAACAGCAUACAGCUUAUGUUCUGUCUCGUCUCUUCUCGUGUGAACUGAAAAAUCAUUUGUCGCUGGAAUCUUAUCACGUCGCGUCUGGUUAGGACACGGUGUAAAGACUUUACAAAAUGUCUGGAGAAGAAAAUUACACAGACUAUGAUACUAUCAUUGCAGAAAUUGAAAGCAGGGAGAAUGCAACCAAGCAGUACCAACAUGUGAUCAGGAUGAUUUACUUGAUUACAUAUUCUGUUGUCUUGAUCCUCGGUGUCACCCUCAACUUCAUCGUCAUUAUCAUCAGCUGCCUGAAAAACAAGAAAUCGCCAACGGUUUCCUCUUGGAUUACGGCGUUGGCUUUAACACACUUAGUCUCCAGUGCAUUUAUUGUUUAUCAGCUCCUGUAUGCUUACAAUAACUUUGAUUGGAAUUAUGGAAACGCGAGCUGCAAGCUGUCAUCCUAUAUCACCUAUGGCAGUAUGUUCUCCACAGCAGCCAUGCUGAGUCUCUGGAGCAUUAGUUCUGUUAUUUUAAAAAUUGACUGCUUGAAUCUUUGCAAGAACUGUAACAUCAUUCUGAUUUCAUUAUCCUGGGCUAUUGCAGCAAUCUUGGCAUGUCCUUCACUGUAUUCCAGAGAGGUCCGAUAUUCUCAGUGCAUUGAUGAUUAUGACACUGAUGAAUUGAAAACUACUCAAGAGGGCAUUGCCAGGCUGAAGGCAGUCGUUAUCAUGAGAUGUCUCAUUGGGCUUCUUGCGCCAGCUUUGGUAAUGUUUCUCAGCUGUUUGACAUCAGCUCAUAGAAAUUGUAAAGUCUGCAAGGAGCAGGCACAGAUCAUCUGUGCUAUAAAAAUUGCCUUUUUUGUGUUCUGGGGCCCUCAGAUCUUCUUAACCAUGCUUCAAGCCACUGUUACCAACAGCCUGGAUCCAAUUUUGUUGAAAUAUGGACUUCCAGUAGCUACUGCACUAGCCACAGCCCACUCUUUAAUCAGCCCGGUCAUCUAUUUCUUAUUCGGAUUUAGUUUUAAAAUGAAGUGGAUGGAACAUGACUCAGAUAAGUGCGAAACUGUGCUUGAUCGAGGGAGACCACUGUUGCCUUGCACCAAUAGCCCCAAAUAAGCCAGGACUGUCUGUGUGGAGUUUCUCAGAGGUGAAUUGGAGACACAAACUUGUCUGUGUAGUGAAUGAGAAAGAGUGUUCUCCUGUGAUGGAAUGGUCAUCUAGCAGUGUUUUCUCCACCCUUGGACCAAAAUCCCUGCGACCCUACUGAGGAUAAGCAGUUUGAAGAAUGGAUGGCUGACCCAGAUCACAACAAUGAACUGAUGUGCUUAGGAAAAAGCUGCCCAUGAAUUGUACAUAGGUAUUAAAGAUCGAUGUAGCAAUUCUAAAAUACAUCAGCAAGGACUGUUAUACAUACACCAUGUCAGCAAAAUGCAUGCCAGCAUUUUCUCUACUCAAACUGACAAGUGAAACAUUUCUUUUAACUCCUAAUCCAAACUCUGAAAACAUGAAAAAUGGCCCUGUAUGUUCCAAAUUAAUGCUUGCUUUCAAGUUAUAUUCUGAUUUUGUUGAUACACUGCAUCGCAUGUAGGGCAUGCUUCAGAAACACUAACCCACUAUCUACUGUAUAUUCUGUAGUAUAUGAAUAUCAACCUUAUAGAGGACCAUUUGAAGCUGUUUUUUAUUGAUGGUGUGUCACAAUAGUGUUGCUGUUUUGUCAUAAUACUGUAAUGUUUUGUCUAUUAUAGAUAUAAGAAUGUGUAAGUAUUUGACUGUAGUCUAUAUAUAUAGUUGCAGUGUAAAGAAUAUGCUUUAUUACAAAUGAAUGUAUUUUCAUGUUAUGUGUCUUUUCAAACACUACAACCAGGAAGUAUGACAACAUUAGCCAGGUUCUAUCAGCACUUCCCUGUUAAACAUUGUACACAUUUUUUAAAUCUUACUUAUUAGUUAUGAAGCCCUGAAUGGUUUAGGUCCUCAGUACUUGGGUGAGCUCUUAGCUCAUUAUAUUCAUUCUAAAAAAUCUGGUUCAGUAUCUAGAAUCUGAAAAUCAAGUCUUAAAUAAAAUAUUUGUUCCUA